CUCGUUCUCAUGGUGGUUUAUCUUUUAGUACGAGCGAGGCCGCAGCAAACACGCGAGCGCGCUAGCUCCGCGCUUGAUUGUAUCACAUUCGGUCGGUGUACAUGGCGCGAAACGGCCGCGUCAUAUGCCAUACUCCACGGCGUCCGUGUUAAACAAAUAGUUUGUCAACUUUCGUGCUAACCUAACAGUGCCUCCGGUGCACUGUACUAUCUACAAAGAAAGUUUGCAUAACAACAGUGAUCACUCAGUUUCACAAUGUGAUUAACAUGGAAAUAUACAAAUUCGUACAUAAUUACAACGCGUAACUUUACAACAAAUCAAAAUGACUCAGUGUUUUUAAAAAUUAAAGUGUUUGCAGCUAUAGUGUUCCAGACUAUUAAACAGUGGAAUGUGCGCUCUUGGGUCUGCUCAAACCAGAUACGGGAGCAUAAAAAUAGAACAAUUCUAAGAUCCUGUGCCGCGGAUCUGAUAGUUAUCUAUUAUGGGAGAAGCUGAUGAUAGCAUCUAUUUGUUAUAAGUUACAGUGUAGAUACUCGUGAGCAAUAUGUCGAACAGCUGGGGACGGUGGCUUACUGCCGUGGUCACCAUAGUGUGCAUGAUCGCGGGCCUCAGAGCAGAAUUAAAUUGUACAGAUGUUAGGGUUCCUCCCCUACCUAUAAUACAGCGGACUUCUCAAUUGUUUUUGAAAGGAGAAAAUUUUACAUUGAGUUGUUCCGUUGCUUAUCGACCCGAUACUGUUGUCAACUUGUAUUGGGAGCUACCCACUAAUGAUUCAGUUCAAUAUGAUUCGAACGAAUUUGAAAAUCUUCGGGACAUAUUAUUCAAGAAUAUAACUAUAAUCAACGCGACAAAGGAUCAUGCAGGCCGCUACGUCUGCGUUGCCAAAAACAAUUGUGGUGAAAAGUCAAAGCCCAUCACGAAGGAAUAUUUAACCGAGCCUCGUCUUAAAUUGAUUCCAGUGAAUACUAAUCCGGUAAUAACGAAACUGAAAACAGUGAGAAUUAAUACUGAAGUGAUCGAUUAUCCUACAGCUAAUUUUUAUUUUUUACGCAAUAACUUAUCGUUGCCGCUAGACGAUGAAGGAAAUCCCAAUAAAUACGAUGUGACUCGGAACCCUAAAACUGGUGACGUCAUUCUGAGUAUAUUUAAAACAAAUGUAUUCGAUUCUGCUAAUUACACGUUGGUUGCUUCUAAUAAGUACUUGAAAAAAAAUUACACAUACGAAGUGUUGAUAAAAUCAAAACCAACUAUCGACUUCGGACUUAAUGUCGAUAAGAAAUAUUUGCAAAACACAAUGGCAUCACUACAGUGUCAGGUGACUGGAUAUCCUCUGCCGAAAAUUACUUGGAUAUUCUCAAAUGAAGGAGGAGAAAAUCAGACAAUGCCUAGUACAGAAGUAUAUGAGCACACCAAGUACACAGAAACAGCAGUUAUAGUUAUACCAGUUCAUGCAUCUGGAAACGUAUCUUGUCAAGCAUCUAACACUGAGAGUACUGCAACGGAAACAAGAAGACUUCUCGUUUACGAGAUUGUCAAUGGAUUCGGUAUAAGGAAUUCAGAGAGAACUUGGUUCUCGCAAAAUGAGGAUGUGACUAUCACCUGUAUUGCUUCCAAAUAUGACUUUUACAACGUCACCUGGAUAGGUCCAGAAGCCGAAGAUCUGAGAGGAAUGAAUGCUGUGGAAUAUUCGAAAAAUGAGUUUUCGCUUAUGGCUAAAUUGAAAUUCCCUCAAAUCUCUUUGAAUCACAGCGGUGUGUAUACUUGUCAAGGAUCGAAGAUGAACAUGAAUAUCGAGUUUGAUUAUAUCAACAUUACAGUUGCGCCUCUUCUACCACCAAUUAUAAACCAACCAGAAGAUGACCAGACCAUAGAAGUGGUGACUUAUCAAGAGGUUGAGCUAACUUGUCAAGCCGAGGGAGUGCCGCCCCCUAAAUUAGAGUGGUACAAGGAUGACGUUUUAAUGGGAAAUGAUACAAACGCAAAGAUUUUUAUUCAUGAGAUCGGCCAUACUAUGGUGAAUUCAUCUAUUCGAAUAGAUCGGCUGGUGGAAGAAAACAAGGGCACAUAUGAAUGUUUAGCUAGCAGCGAUGGACUAACAGCAAGCCGGGUUUAUACAGUUGCAUUGAAAGCAUCAUCAUACCAAUUAUAUUUGAGCAUUAUUCUCGUAGUCAUCUUUGUUUUAAUCGUCGUGGUUCUGUACCUUAUGUGGAGGGUCAGAAAGGAUACUCAAUUCAGAAAAGAAUUGAAGGCAUCUGGUCUUCUGUACUUCAAUGAGGGAGCUACGAAAUCGCUGAACCCUGAUCUGGGCAUUGAUGAGCAAGCUGAUUUAUUGCCUUAUGAUGAGAAAUUUGAAUUCCCUGCCGAUAAAUUAAUUCUUGGUAAACAGCUAGGUGCAGGUGCAUUUGGCGUAGUAUACAAGGCAGACGCGCGUGGCAUCAUCAACGCUGAAGAAACAACUGAGGUAGCUGUGAAAAUGGUUAAAAAAACGGCCGACAACAUGUAUAUCAAAGCACUGGCCUCCGAACUAAAAAUAAUGGUGCACUUGGGCAAACAUAUAAACAUUGUGAACCUACUCGGAGCGUGCACGAAAAACGUUGUGAAACGCGAGUUGAUAGUAAUUGUUGAGUAUUGCAAGUUUGGUAAUAUUCACAAUUACAUGCAGAGGCACCGAGAGGUGUUCAUUGAUCAGCUUACUGAUAACAAGGAGAAGAAUCUGGGACGAAUUAAUAGAGGAUUCUCAAGCAGCAGUGGAAGUACUGGUGCCCAUUCGGACUAUUUCGCUUCAUGCACACAGGACACCGACCACACAUUUGUCAACUCGGCCAACACUAACCGAUCGACAAGAAAAGUAUCUGAAGGUUAUGUACAACCAGAGUGGCGUACGAACUACGAGAGUGACUACAGCUUCGAUGGACGCAAUCCUCGCCCUCUGACCUCACGAGAUCUGCUCGUGUGGGCCUUCCAGAUCGCUAGAGGGAUGGAGUAUCUUGCUAGCAGAAAGGUCCUUCACGGUGAUUUAGCUGCAAGAAAUGUAUUAUUAGCCGAAGACAACAUUGUGAAGAUUUGCGAUUUCGGUCUUGCUCGAAGCAUCUAUAAAAACGAUGAAUAUCAAAAGAAAGAAAACUGUCUACUCCCAGUCAAGUGGCUGGCUAUUGAGUGUAUGACGGACCGCAUCUUCUCGACCCAGUCAGAUGUGUGGUCAUUCGGCAUUGUGCUGUGGGAGCUAUUCUCCCUGGCCAAGACACCCUACCCAAACAUCAGUCCCGCUCAUUUACUGCAGUGGCUUUCUGAAGGUAAACGUCUAGAGAAGCCACCUUACGCUGAUGACCGGCUUUAUAACGUGAUGAUGAGGUGCUGGGAACAGAAACCAAGGAGCCGACCUUCGUUCACGCAGCUGCAAGAAAUACUCGGCGGUUUCCUAGAGGAUAAUGUGAGAAAUCAUUACGUCGACUUAAACACUGCCUACAUGGAUAUGAAUGUGAAGCCUGGUGGUGAGGACUACCUGGCUAUGGUUUGUGCGCCAGACUACAACAACCUGGUGACUCCAAGCCCACACCACUACGUCAACGACAGGAGUUUCUUCCCAACCACUCCAACACAGAUAGACGAGGAAGGCUAUCUACAAAUGAGUCCCGCAUCAAGGCAGAACAUAUUCAGUCCUCGAGCUCAGGACAUGAAGUUUGACUUCGACGCUCGCAAAUUUAACCCGAGGGUAUCAGAAGCAAGUAGCUGUGGUUCAGAGUUAACGCCAAUGCUUACUCUGAACAAUUUACCAGCUCGAAGCGGGUCGGAGUCCGACCACGAAGGCAACGCGUCGCCCUACCUCAACAUGUGUCCCAGAAUAGACGAGGAGGCAGACGAUGUGUUCGAGACGACCCAAAACAAUGCAAAGAACGCGCUGAACACGGCGCACACUAACCCGACGUACAUCUCGUUAGACGUCGACAUCGAGAAGAAGCCGAAAGAUAUUAUUAACUCGUAUAUUAACGUACCGAACGGUCUAGUCAAAUAAUUUCAUUUUGUGUACCAGAAUAAGCUAAUCUCAUUUACUAAUAUGUUAUAGUCUAUCUACUUAUAUAUAGCCUGCAUGAAUGUUACUUUACUUACUGUUAAUUUUGAUCUCUGUAUUCUCUUGAUAAAGUGCUAUUUUCUUUUUAAAAUUUUCUUCUACGUUUUCUAUUUCGUUUCUUGUCUUACGUAAAUAAUUGUUUUUGUGUCUCAAGUGUUUAUUUCAUUUAGGGAGCUUAUUUGUUGUAUCCUCAUUCAUGUUAAUAGGUUUGUAUCGUAGAUGUAUUGUAUGUACAGAAUGUUUACUUUUUGUGUAGACUGAAUGGUGUCGGUGACUUACUACUUCAGUGUGAACUGGUCAGUUACCUUUGAAUAAUUGAGAUUCGGCAAGUGAUGUGUGGUUGGCCUUAAAACUGGAAACAGUUAUGAGACACUGAAUGGUCAUAAAUAAUGAUUGUAACUUAAAUACAUUACAAGAUUGUGAAUGCCCGUCUUGCUAGAACGGAGAGCCACACAAUUAUAUGUCGGAUGAAGUGAUAUUUUAUCAUAGUACAUGUCAUUGGACUCGAUAGUAUGAAUGUAGUCAGUAUGUUGAAGUUCUACGAAGCCCACCAGUACCUAAUAUAAAUGUGAAUAUUAUAUUUUAAAUAUUCUUAUUUCUACAGAAAACAUUCCUCUUUAUGUAUUUUUUUCUUUCAAAUAGAAACGGUCUUAUGAAUGAAUGUACCUUUACAUAGCAAGAUUUUGUUUUAUGAAUGUAUGUAUUAUAGUCUAUGUCAUAGAUAAUACUGUUAGGGAAAAUUUUGAAAAAUUUACCAAAUUUCGAUUAUAUUUGAAACCAGAUAUAGAAAUGCUUCGUGUCAGUAAUUUUCAUAGACUGGAUAUGUAAAUAUUUCUUUGUGUUAUAUUAAUUGAUUGAUCGAAUAUGAAUUCAAGCAAUGUGUUUGUUUCAAAAUAAUUCGUUUAUGUAACAAUAAUUAUUUCUUCACACAAUGUGUUAACUUUAAAAAGUUUUUAAAUAAACUUGAAAUAGUUGAUAUAAUAUUAUGAAUACGGAAAGAAGUAUAAUUAUAACUUCAAAUACAGCUACGUAAUUUAAGUAAAUAAUAUAUUUUAAUAUAAUAAUUAAAAACGACGAUGUACGUUCAAUAGAAAGCUGAACAUGUUUUU